AUGGAAAAAUGUGAACGAAUUCGUAGAAUGAAACAAUGCGUUGCUGAAAAAUUAGAUCUACGACUCAUUUUGGAUGAAUAUUCAUUUCUGAUACUAAAUGAAAUUGCACAAACAACUAAUGUUUCAAUAGAUUAUAUAUUUUUGACAGUGAUUGUUGCUCUUUGUCAUUGGACAAUGGGAGCUUCAUUAAAAGGUGCUCAAGCGUAUAAUACACCAUUGAUUCUUUUUGGAAUUUUAUGUGGAGGAAGUGGUAUGUUUGUAAUCUUUGAAAGUAGUUAA